AUGAAGAUCUUUUAUAUGGGAAUUCUCCGCAACGAGCCCUCGCCGGCCUUGGAGCUUGCGAGCGAGAAGGAUCUCACCAGUUUCUCGCGUUUCACUCGCCAGAACUAUGAGGAGUUCAUGAUGCUAUUCACGAAGACCGUCGCUGAACGAACAAAGUCCGGACAAAGACAAACAAUCGAGGAAAAGAGCUAUACCUUUCAUUCGAUGAGCCGAGACGGUGUUGCCGGAGUCAUCGUCAGCGACAGCGAAUACCCCCCUCUGGUCGCGCAACAAAUUCUUUCAAAAAUUACCGACGAGUUUCUUUCGAAACACCCUCGCAGCGAAUACGCGAACCCCAGCUUACCGCAACGAGGCUUGCCGCUUCCUCAGCUCAGCGAGUACAUCAAGAAAUACCAAGACCCGUCGCAGGCCGAUUCGAUCAUGAAGAUCCAACAAGAGCUGGAUCAAACCAAGAUUGUGCUACACAAGACUAUUGAAUCCGUUCUGGAGCGAGGCGAGAAGAUUGACAGCUUGGUGGCCAAGUCGGAUGGUCUGUCGUCUCAAAGCAAGAUGUUCUAUACCCAAGCCAAGAAACAAAACUCAUGCUGCGUUGUCAUGUGA